GGACAUUCCGAGGAAUUCUCUUUGGUACUUGCCAAUAAUACCUCGCCUUCAGAGGCUAUACAUGUCUCGAAAAAUAGCUGAGCACAUGACAUGGCAUUUGAAAUGUUGUGGUGAUACGGAUGAGGUCAUUCAUCUAACACAAUCAGAAUCAUGGAGACAUUUUGAUCAAAUGCAUCCUUCUUUUAAAAGAGAAUCUCGUAAUGUUCGAUUAGGUCUUGCUACUGAUGGUUUCAACCCAUGGGCUCAUUCUUCAACCUCCUACUCUUGUUGGCCAGUUCUUUUAACUGUUUAUAAUUUGCCACCAGAGAUGUGCAUGCGACCAGAGUUUACUUUUCUUAUAUUGGUCAUUGCUGGUCCAAAAAGCCCAGGCAAAAAUAUCGAUGUUUUCCUUCGACCUUUAAUUGAAGACUUGAAAAUGUUAUGGUCGACUGGUGUAGAAACAUAUGAUAGUUAUCAAGGUGUUACAGAAGUUGAGGUUAAUGCUAAUACAUCUGAAGAAGAGGAGGACUAUGGAGAAGAAAAAGAUUCAGAAUCCUCAGGAAAUAGUGAUAAUGUUGAGGAUGGUGAUGAUGGCGAUGAUAGUGAUGAUUAAUUGAAACAUCUGUAUUAUUACUUAUUAAAUAUAUGUAUUAAAAUUUCUUUGUCUUACAUAUAUUGUUUUAUUAAGUUAUAUAUUUUUCAUUUAAAAUAGAAUCAUUGUAUGCUUGUUUUAAAUUUGUUACUUAUUAUUUGUAUAAAUGUAUUAAUAACUAUUUUGUUAUUCA